AGGGGGAGCUGGAUUCGGCACAACGUAGCGAACAGACACACCCACGACGUGCGCGCCCUGGUGAUGACCGGAGAAUACGUGGUGUCGGGAGGAGUGGAUAUGACUCUGGUGGCCAUGCCUGUCGGAAAGCUGGGGAAACAAAGCAGGAACAUCCUACCAUUCCCACAGAGAAAACUGGUACACGUUGCCCAGACAGCACGGAGGUUACUGUUCCAGUACCAGACUAGGCUGGAACUGUGGCAACUAGGAAACACUACAGCAGUGCCAGGUGUACCUGAUGGAAGGCUGCCCAUUACCCAGCAGCCAGUGUCACUGUUGGAUCUGAAGACAAAGAAAGAGAUAAAAUCUUUAGACUCUGCCAUCAACACCUAA